AUGCAAUCUUCACUUCUCAUCCUUCUCGCCUUGGUCUCCAUUACUGCUGCCUGUCCAGGAUUAUUCGGAAUGAUGGGAGGAGGUGGUGGUGGAUGUGGAUGCAGACCUCCACCACCACCAUCUCCAUGUGGAUGUGGAGGAAGAAAGAAGAGAUCUCUCCCGGAUAAACCAACUACUAUGGAAUUCUUCGGAAUCGCUGCAUCCGAUGAUGAUGUUAUGUGCAACACUCCUGAAUUGAAGAAGAUUAUUUUGGAGAAUAUCCAAGCAUCUGCAUCUGAUUCCUCGAAAGCUAUUAAUGGGGCACUGGAAGCCAAGGAGCUUAUCAGAUUCACCGUUGUUUGCUCAGAAAACCCAUUCGUCUUCACAAUCCGUGCUGACACUGCCUACUGUGGUGCGAAGAAGAACGGACACACCUGCAACAUUUUCUCUAUGUGA